GAUAGUCUAAAUUUAGAAGAAAGACAAAAAAUAAGAAGGAAAGGGGAAAAUCAUUACAAACCAAUCAAUUCACUGAAAAAUCUGAAUAUUCUAUAGACUUAAAUUCUAUUGAAGAAAAGACAUUACAAUUAAAAAAGAAUUAGGAAUAGUUAAUAUAGGCCACUAUAUGUUACACACACACAUAGAUAUAGAAACACAUAUAUCUUAAAAAAAAAAACAACAACUGCUAGAGAAAGAAGAAUCCAAUCAAGGAACCCAAGGAACUCAUGAUGACCAGAUCUUUGAGUAAGAGCUGGAAGAAACACCAGAGACAAUCUAAAAUGGUCAUAGAAAGAAGAAGAUUGCAUUUUUUCUUUUAUUAAAAAUAGUUGCUAAUAAAGGAAACAACUGUAAAUUUCUUUGAGCCUCAGAACUCUUAAAACACUUCAUAGAGAGAACCACAAUAAUGUGAAAGGAACUAGUCUAAACAUCAAUGAAGAAACUAAGUGGAUGAAAAGUAUAUUUUGCCCACAUUAAGACACAAAGCUGGAGUCAAAUUAGACCCUUUAUUUGUAACCCUGAGAUAAAAUUUUUAAAUGGUUAAUUAGCUGGGACCAGAAUGAUAUCAGAGAAGUUUGAACAGGGAUUACGUUUAGGUAAACCCAUCAGGAUUUUAGAUGAUCCCACUGUGUUUAGAGGCUUGUUUCUUGCAUGCUUGGCUUGCAAGUCCUCUCUCUCUCCAUGCCUCUACAACACCACACCACUCAUUACUGCAAAAGCUCAAGUUUUUAGCACUAACAUUCUCCUGGUGAUGCUAUAUCAUUAUGAAACUUAGAACACUACUAUCCCAGACAAAUUUAUAUACGAGGCUAAAGGCACUUGAAGUAAAAAUGAUGAAAACACAGAAAACAGCAUGUUAUCAAUAAUGACUGGCAUGUAAGGUGUGAUGCAGAAGAUGGAAACUAUAUCCUCGGAUUCUCCGGAAUGUUGCUAAAGUAGAUCUGACCACCUCUGUUUUGGGACAGAAGAUCAGCAUGCCUAUAUGUGUUGCAUCCACAGCCAUGCAACGAUUGGCUCACGUGGAUGGGGAGCUUGCUACCGUGAGAGCAUGCCAUUCUAUGGGAACAGGUAUGAUGCUGAGCACCUGGGCUACAUCCUCCAUCGAAGAAGUUGCCCAGGCUGCCCCCGACAGCACUCGUUGGUUGCAGCUCUAUAUAUAUAAGGACCGGGAAAUCUCUGAGCAGCUUGUCAAGAGGGCUGAGAGGAAUGGCUACAAGGGAAUAUUUCUGACUGUAGAUACCCCUUACCUGGGCAAUCGUUUUGAUGAUGUGCGCAACAGAUUCCAGUUACCACCACAUCUCAGGAUGAAAAAUUUUCAAGGCUUUGAUUUGGCCUUUUCUUCUAAGGAGGGUUAUGGAGACAACAGUGGACUUGCACAGUAUGUCGCUAAUAUGAUUGAUUCAUCCAUUAACUGGGAGGAUAUUACCUGGCUGAAGAAAUUGACAACCCUUCCAGUUGUAGCCAAGGGAAUCCUUCGAGCUGAUGAUGCCAGGACAGCUGUGAAAUAUGGUGUUGAUGGUAUAUUGGUAUCCAAUCAUGGUGCCCGCCAACUGGAUGGAGUGCCUGCCACUAUUGACGUCUUGCCUGAAAUUGUAGAGGCUGUGGAAGGAAAGGUGGAGGUAUUCUUAGAUGGGGGCAUACGUAAAGGAACAGAUGUGCUGAAAGCCCUUGCUCUUGGGGCCAAAGCUGUAUUUUUGGGGAGACCCAUCAUCUGGGGAUUGGCUUAUCAGGGGGAGAAAGGAGUGAAGCAGGUUCUGGAAAUGAUGAAAGAAGAAUUCCAGUUGGCCAUGGCUCUUACUGGGUGCCGGAAUGUAAAAGACAUUGACAAGACAUUGGUGAGGACAAAUCUGUCGGUUGUUUCCAAGAUCUGACAGUGCACAUUAUUUUCUCAUCUGUAUUCUUUCUUUCAGCAUGUGUUUCUUGACAAAGAGACACUGUGCAGAGGGUGACUGUACUAUGUAAUUUUGAGCCACUGUACAAAGAACGUUGUUCUUCCCCAACAAAAUAGAAACCCCUUUUAGUUCAUUGCUCUUGACUUUUCAAUGGGUGUCUCAGGAUCAUUUAAAAAAAUGCACUUGCAUCCUAUGAACAUAUUAACUGUUAGAAAAGAAAACAUUAAAAAUGAGUUCAAAUAACUUAAAUUCUCUGGAAAAGUAAAAAAAAAAGUAUUUUGGCAAAACUUGGGAUACCUGCUAGUAACAAACAUCUGACCAAACAGAGAUAGUCAUUUAGGCACACUUGUGGAGAUAGCCUAAAAUUGUGUCUCUGAAGACUGAGGUGAUGAGCUUAGGGACUGAAUUGAAGUCAGGAGAGUGAAACUUAUUUGGUGAAUGACAACCAUGCUUAACAUUAUUUGUGAGUGUCACCUAAUAGUAUAUAAUAAGGAAUUUGCCUGUUUUAAAACUUCAUCUCCCACUCCGCCUCUCUUUUGUCCUUUCUGGGCAUGAAAGAUCUGUAUCACCCUAAUUCUUUUGAUCUUUCCUAAUGACUUCUCUACUUUUGUUAUUUUGUUAUUUUCUUACUUUCCAAAUCAUGUUACUAGUACAGUCUUGGGGAAUGCUCUAAAAAUCUCCAGUCUAGAAGAGAUGUUAGAAGCUAUCCAAAUCAUACUAUCCAAUGAUAGUAUUCUCUUCUCCACUUUUUUUUUUUGACAAAUGAUCAUCCAGAUUCAGUUUGAAAAAGCUUAGUAAAGGAAAACAGCUUCUCAAAAUUAUGAGAAGGUAAGAUUUGUUUUUAUUGAGAAAAGUCAUUUACUCCCUUAGGUCCAGUACCCCAAGGAUUUCAGAACCUUGUGCAGUAGAGCAAAAUAAAAAUGUUGGAGCAUUAAUCAUUGCCUGAAAUUAUUGCCAAAUAUUAUAAAUCUUCCUCUUUUCGUAUCAGGAUAAGCCUGUGUUUCAAUCUAGACUCAUAAAAUUCACAACCAGAAGGAAUGACUUAACUUGGUUUUGUAAAAAAAAAAUGACUAUGCAUAGAGAAUUUUGUUUUCAGGUAUACAGAACAAAUACUGUACUUAUGUCAGAGGUUUGGAAUCAGAAGUUUGUGGUUUUUUUUUUUUUUAAGUUGGAAAGGACUUUAAAGAUAACCUAUUCCAUUCCCCUCAUUUUACAUAUGAGGAAACUGAGGCCUGGGAAGGUUAAGUGACUUAUAAAGGUCAUCCAUAUAGGAAGCAGCAGAGAUUGGAUAAUUCACACUAAUUCAUCUUUUUUGUUUGUUUUCAAUCAGUUAUGGAGCCAAUAAAAAUCAAUGUAUAAAUCAUCUCAAAGAUAUUUGUUGGGUUCCUACUCUAUAUGAAGAACUAUACUGGCUGCUGAGUAAGUUGUAAAAGUAUACAAUAUGGCACAUACUAUGUCACAAGUUUUUUUUUUUUUUUAAAGUAAGACAUUUAAUUUUAGUGCCUAAAAUCAUAGGGAUUAUCUAGUUCAAUCAUAGGGACUAUGUAGUGCCUUCCCUAUGUAAAUGAGUAAAUUGAGAGGCCAAUUGACUUGUCCAAGGUUUCCUACCUUAUCAGUGACAGAAUCAUAACUAGAAAAAAGGUCUUUUGACUAACUGAUGUGGGUUUUACUCCAUUACUUCCCUUUUCUAGGAUAGAAAAUCUGUAGAUUUCACAGAAAUUUUCCAUGAGAGAAUGUAUCCACAAGGAGAAAAAUAUAGCAAAGUUUUAUUUAAUCUUUAUUAUCAAUACUCUGUCUACUUCUUUCUAUGUUUAUCUUACUUAUCUAUGUUUAAAUAAUUAAACAAUAAAUCAAAUACUGAGUUAUAGCAUUUUGCCAAUUUCCAAUGUAUAAAUGCUCAUGCUGGAAAUUUAACAUUUGGCUCUCUCAAGUUGACUUGAUUUGAUUUUAGCAUGCCCUGUAGGUACCUACAUCUACUAUAGCAACCUCAUGAUGAAAAAUCUUAGUGAUCUAAGUAGAUAGGGAGAAUAUGGAGAAGUAAAAAUAAAACUCAAUGAUUUCUGCAUCUCUUUCUGUUCCUUGUUUUGAACAGCCCAUUCUUGGACAAGAUACCCAAUUCUUAACAUCAUAGUCUUUAUAAUGGGAAGAAAAAGUUUUGUUGAAGUAUUUUGAGAUCUUUAAAACGAAUGUCAUUAUCUACAAGUAAAAUAAUGAGCAAAAUAACUGAAGUAAAACUCUAGGUAGGGCUUGAAUUCAUAGCUUCUUAGACCUGGAAGGGACAAUGAAAUUAUUUUGAUUGAACUUCUCAUUUUACAGAUGAGGUACAGAUGACCUAUUCUAGGUUAAGUAGUUUCUCUAAUAUUUUAUACUUCUAGGUAAUAUUUAAAUUAGCAUUAGAAUGCAUGUUCUUUUUCCUAUUACCUAGUCCAAUGUCAUUUCUACCAUUUUAUUUUUUAUCCAAUAAUCAAUAAGCAUUUGUUAAGCACUUACUAUGUGGGAUACAAAGACAGAGAUGAAAAACCAUCCUUGCCUUCAACGAGUUUAUAUUUUACUUAAAUUCCUCUGUAUAGAAAUUCAUUAACUCUGGGUACAUCUUCUCUUUUCACAUAUUUUUCUAGGUACAUAAAGGUCCAUGGACAUUUUGAUUUUCAGUUCUGUGGCCAGACAGUUCUGUUGUUAUUAUUUGAUAUCUUUUAGUGGCCAGAAAGCCAUGCAUUAAAAUCUUGACUGUCUAAACUGCAAGGGAAUGACUAUCUAGAUUAGUAGGGAAGCAAGAUUGAUCCUUCCUUGGAAUCUUAUAUAAGCAUAGCUCCUAGGGAGAAUUUGGGAAGGGGACCAUGAAGUGGAAUUCUUCCAGCCCUUCGAAUGCUUACAGAACAUGAAUUCCUUGGCCUAUAUGGAAGAAGUGUGCUCUAUGUUAUUGAUGUUUCCUCGCGUGCAAUUUUCAAACUGUAUCCAUGUCAGCACUAUGUUAUUCAUUCAUUUGUUUAUCUUGCCAAAACAUUGAAGUUUGUGAAAUAGCCCUAGAGCACAGUGAUGGGAUAGUGUAACAAGAAAGGAAGUUGUGGCUUGAUCUCAAGCAGAGAGAAAAAGACUUUCCUCUUCAUUGUAAAAUUCCUUCUUUAUUUACUGCCUGGUGGACUGUGUCGCAUGACAGUUGCAUAGCAACAAAAUAAAGUUUGUCUGUUUAAGGAAA